CCAAAACUCCUUGGCAGUCGCCACAUCUGAGCAUGAGGGAACAGCCUCCAGCACAAGGACGCAGGUCACUGCACGUAUUUAUUACUGGCAGAUAACGGAGGCAGCACUCGCAUAUCAGAGUGGGCUACCACACUGCUACAGGGGAACUCAGCUGAAAACACUGAGCACAACUCAUCAUUGAAAGUGCAGAGCUUGCGGAACCGCCAAGAUGAUGAGGAAAGCAAGGAUGGCAGACGAAACUGCCACGGGGCAGGGUUUCGUUAGACUGCCCAUCACCGAAGAAGGCAUCAAAAGGACAUCAAUAGUCCCCGGGGUGAUGUUCACUCAAUACAUGGAAGAACAUCUGGAGGGGAAGAGUACACCUGACUUCAGCUGUAAACCCAUCCCUUUAAUCGUCCAGGAAGCUGAUAAAGAUGCGAGUUCUGGAAAGAAGACUCCUAGGGAAGGCAAAUGGUUUGCUGGGAGCGGAAUGGACUUAGAGAAAAUCCCAAAUGAAGAGCAAGAAAAACUGAUAAGGGACAUGGAAGGGAUGAAGGAUAUGGCUCAGAAGGCCCAAUCGGAAUGGGAGGAAGGAUUCGGUCCUAGUCCGGGUGGGGCUUUAAUGAGUGGUAAAGUCGGUGGGAUUAUUGUCGCAGCAGGUGGUGCUGGUGGAGUCAAAGGGGGGAAAGGAGGUAAAGGUGGAGGUACUGGUGGAGCUGGAAAGGCUGGUGGAAAGGGUGGAGGGGCUGCUGGAGCAGGUGGGGCUAGUGGUGCUGGUGGAGCAGGUGGUGCUGGUGGAGCAGGUGGGGCUGGUGGAGCCGGUGAUGCUGGUGGGGCUGGUGGAGCAGGUGGGGCUGGUGGAGCCGGUGAUGCUAGUGGAGCAGGUGGGGCUGGUGAUGCUGGUGGAGCAGGUGGGGCUGGUGGAGCCGGUGAUGCUGGUGGAGCAGGUGGGGCUGGAGGAGGCGAUGGGGGUGAUGCAGGAAAGGACACUCCUGGAGAGGGAACUGGUGGACAGGGCUCGGGAGAAGGUGGGGCUGGAGAUGAUGCUGCAGGUGACCAAGAAAAGAAGAAAAGCAAAGAACCAGAGAAACCUGCAGAACCUGAACUGCAUAUCACCACUGGCCUGGAGGACGUGCGAGCCGUCCUGGGAGAAUCAGCAAAAAUGGUCUGCAAAGUGAACCUUGAGGCCUGCAAAGGAGUCUGGUACAAAGACGGAAAAGAGAUCACUUCCUCAGCGGGGGUGACCAUUUCUAAGGACGGCACUUCCCACGUGCUGAAAAUCCAGAAGGUCACAGAAGAAUUGGGUGGAAAGUAUCGCUUUGAGGCUGAAGGGCGGAAAACGGAGGCCACGCUUAUUGUGGAAGACCCACCCAAGUUUGACAUGAAAGAACUGGCUACGUUCACCACGCCGGUCACAGUGAAAAGCGGCCAACAUGCCACAUUCAAGGUCCCUUUCACGGGCCGUGAGCCAUUUAAAAUUAAGUGGUACAAGGAGGGAGAAGAGCUGAGCAAUGACAUCAACGUCAAGAUCGAGACGGCACCUGGGCACUCCCGGCUGCUCCUCAGCAAACUGCACCGUAAAGACACUGGGGAAAUCAAGAUAAAGGUCAAGAACGACUGUGGUGCCGUAGAAGCCUAUAGCAAGCUCACUGUCCUUGAUAAGCCUACUCAACCUCAAGGACCCCUGGAGGUUAUCGAAAGUUCUGCCAAAUGCAUUGAAAUCAAGUGGAGACCCCCAAAGGACGAUGGCGGCUCUCCAAUUAUCAAUUACAACAUGGAGCGGCAGCAGUUGGGACGCAACACCUGGAAGAAAAUUGGAAACGUCCCGGCCAACCCCCCAGUGUACAAGGACAAUGAUGUGGACCAUGGCAGGAAAUACUGCUACCGCAUCAGGGCGAUAUCAUCGGAGGGUACCAGUGACGAUUAUGAGACAGAGGAUGUCCAGGCAGGCACCAAGGCAUAUCCUGGUUCACCUGUAACACCCAAGGUGGUCAGCGCUUUUAAGGACUGCAUCAAUCUGACCUGGGCUCCCCCUUCCAACACUGGUGGAAGCACCAUUCUGGGUUACAACCUGGAGAAACGCAAGAAGGGCAGCAACCUGUGGAUCCAGGUUAACCCCGAAGGAGAGCCGAUUCAAGCAAGAAAGUACGCGGUGACAGACGUAGUUGUAGGGAUUGCGUAUGAAUUCCGGGUAUCAGCAGUCAAUGUUUCCGGGUCGGGUGAACCAAGUACCCCAACUGAGUGGGUGAUUGCAAGAGACCCCAAAAAGCCCCCAGGGAAAGUUGUUGACCUGAAGGUGAUCGACUCGACAUACAACAGUCUGUCCCUUGCUUGGAAUAAACCCAAGGUGGAACCCGGGAUGAAUGAUGAGGCCAAGGGAUACUUUGUGGAGAUCAGGCCCGCGGAGAGCAUGGAGUGGGCUCGCUGUAACACCAAUCCCAUCACCGCAGUCACGUUCACCGUGAAAGGCAUGAAGUCCAUGGCCAUGUACUGGGUGAGGGUGAUCGCCACCAACGAAGGGGGGUUGGGUGAGCCCCAAGAACUGAACAACUACAUCCUGGCCAUGCCCCCACCUGUGAGGCCACGAUUCAUAGAUUCCAAACUGAAAAGCUUCUGGAUUGUCCGAGCUGGGAAUUCUGCACGGAUCAACAUUAAUUUUGAGGCCUCUCCAUGGCCGGAAAUAACUUGGCUGAAGGAUGGCUUUCCCAUUCCCAAACGGGUGACGGUGACCAACGCAGAGGGGGCGUCCCAGCUCCUCAUUCCCUCCUCAGAGCGCUCCGACUCUGGAGUGUACGCCAUCAUAGUCAAGAAUCUGGUCGGCCAGGAAACCUUCAGCGUAGAGAUCAGAGUUACAGAUGAACCAAAGCCACCUGGUCCUGUGGAACUAGAAGAAAAUGUCCCCAGCACGGUGACCUUGUCCUGGGAACCCUCUCCAGAUGAGAAGCGCGAUGACCGGCUGCACUACGUGGUGAACCAACGAGACUCCAUCAAGCGGACCUGGCACACAGUGGGCGACCGCAUAUUCAACAACAAGUUCACCGCCUGCAACAUUCUGCCCGGGAGAGAGUACCACUUCCGUGUAUACGCCAAGAACGACAUGGGGAUGUCCGACCCUGUCGAAUCAGUAGCUUGGGAGAUCUUCCGGAAGAAAGAAAAGUUUACAAUUAAUAUCCCAGAGUCUAAGCAAUGUAACUUAGAGAAGGCGCCCAAAUUCCUGGUUCCGCUGAAGAUGCACUCGGCUCCCCAAGGCUACGAGUGCUACAUGAGCUGCGCGGUGAAGGGUAACCCGGAGCCUCGGGUCAUCUGGUACCGUGACAACGUGAGCAUCAACAGCAACGCCAACUAUUACAUCACCAACACCUGCGGCGUCUGCUCCAUGCUGAUCAUCAGGGUCGAGGCCAAGGACACUGGCGAGUACAAGAUCAUCGCAGAUAAUAAACUGGGCAGGGCCGAGAGCUCCACCAUCCUCAAUGUUAGAGAAUGAAGCAGGGGAAGGUCAGGCUGAUGAAGCAAUCACAUGACAUUGGUCUUACCUUCUAGAAUUCCUCUCAUGUUUUAUUAAAAUUUACUUUAAAAUUGCUAAUGUGUGCUUAUAAAUGUGAACUAAUUUACUUUUAGGUGUCCACUAAAAUGCCUGUUGACCAGUGUCUAAUUUCAGCAUGUCUUCUCUGUGAAACAGUGCGAAGCCUCUAUUCACUAAACUUUCAAUUAGAAAAUUCUGCCUAUUGUACUAUUGCUGAGGCAUUAGCACUAGGUGUGAAAGGUGGUAGCAUCCUGAUAUUCUCAGUGUCAAAAACAGCUCACACAGGCCCAACGACAGUGUGCAACAAAAAUGGACAUAAUCAAAAAUUUUUUAAUGCAUUAAAAACAUUAUACUACCUAGAAUCAUUUAUGCUAUAACUAAUGACAUGCAU